UCAACAGUUCUGACACUACUGGAGCUCCACACCCACAGCAAAGUGGCGCUUGCAAAACAGCACAGGAAGCAUCGCCUUCCUGGCAUACAGUACUUACAGUGAUGAAGAACUUCCCUUCGUGAUGCAAACAGCUCCCUCAAAACGAAAGAGAAAAUGCACCAAGCCUUGCCUUUACUACCCGGAGAAAAUGCCCGACAGGCCGGGUUCUCCCCGUGUGCUCGGCAGACCUGUGACCCGUGAAAGCGCGCUCUCAACGCGGCAGACAGCGCGACUCACAGCAGUGCCAUUUGACAGAGUCUAGCGUGACCUUGCAGGGCCAGAACGCCCAGGCUAACAGGAUGCUCACCUCCGUCAAUAUGGCAUAUUCAUCCUUGGUAAGAGAGCGCAACACGUGAGCAUGGUGUGGAACUGAAAACAUUAACAGGAAUACACUGGCACGGCAGUGCGGGGAGACCCAGACUGUUCUGCCAAUGGGGGAUACCUGUGAUGAUGGGCAGAUGGGUCCCUGCCUGGACGAGGAUUAUGGAUUGACGCAGCCGGCAGCGGAGUUUGACACCCGGACAGGGCACCGUGUCCAUCAUGCCCCGGCUUCACCACCAAGUCCCCAGCUGGACCCUGCAGCUCUCGGCGGGGAUCUGAGCCCCAGCUCCAGCUCCUCCAUGACCACGAAGGAGCUGCAGGAGUACUGGCAGGGGGUGAAGUCCCGGGAGAAGCCGGUUAAGCUGCUGUUCGAGAUCCCCUCCGCCCGCAUCGUGGAGCAGCCCCUGUGCAGAUACGUGAUGUACCAGAUCGUGGUGAUAAAGUCGGGCAGCUACGACGCCAAGCAGGUGACCAUCGAGCGGCGCUACUCGGACUUCGAGCGCCUCCAGCAGACGCUGCUGCGCGACUUCAGCGAGGAGCUGGAGGAGGUGUCCUUCCCGAGGAAGAGGCUGACGAGCAACUUUGCCCAGGAAAGCAUCGACGAGCGCCGGGUGGCGUUCAGGGACUACCUGGCGCGGCUGUACGCUCUGCGCUGCGUCCGCCACUCCCCCGCCUUCCUGGCCUUCUUCACCGAGCCGGAGCUGCGGCAGGCCCACGUCUGCCUGCGCGGCGGCAAGUACGCCCGCGCGCUGGAGCUGCUCCUGCCCGCCCUCAACCUGCAGGAGAAGCUGGCGCAGCACUGCCCCGCCCUGCUGGUGCCCGCGCUCUGCGCCGCGCUGGUCUGCCACCGGGACCUCGAGGACUCCGCCAGCGCCUUCGCCAUGGGCGAGAGGGCCCUGGCGCUGGUGCGCCGCCUCCGCAGGCACAAGUACAGGUGCCCCCUGCUCGCCAUGUUGAUCGACCUGGGCUACGAGCUGGGCCGGCCCAUCGCCCAGCUGCAGGAGGAGCUGACCCAGGCCAGGGACGCGCAGAGGGGUCCAGUGUCCCAGCUCUCCCUGAAAGAGCUGGUGGUGCAGGAGUUUGCCUGAACUCGUCUCCCCAACCCCCCCCCCCAGGACUGAAGGAAGCACUGCUUAGGUUUCGCCAUUACCAGUCAGCAAACUGUAGGUUUGCCAGUGGACGAAAGCAGAGGGGCCUGGCGGUGGCUCUGUGGCUCAGGAUCUGCGCCUGGGACUGGAAGGUUGCCAGUUUGUAUCCCGUGGCCGGCAGAGGAA